AUGAUCGUCUCGACCUGCGUCGGCUUGAUCGCCGGACUUGGUUCGCUUUUCAUCCUCCCCUAUUCGCCGCGAUGGCUGGUGUCACAAGGACGGACCCAGGAAGCGAAAGCUGUCCUGGGUCUGAUUACGGAACACAGUGAGGAGGAGGAGAGGAAGGAGUUGUUGUCGUUGCCUCCGAGAGGUGAGAAGGCGGGCUGGAGCGACAUCUUUCGUAAAGGAGUUCGAGGCAGGACAAUUCUCGGAGCAUUCUUGAAUGUGGGUCGAUUUUUUUCGGGCUUCAUUCAUGGUCACGGAUGGAUUGAUGCUCUCGGACAGACCGGAGGCUGAGCGCUUACUCUUCGAACCAUAUAGGUCUUCCAACAACUCAGUGGUAUCGACUUUGUGUUGUUCUACGCGCCUCUCCUUUUCACUCAAGCUGGUCUCGACCCCAAGACCUCGGCUUUCGUCGCUUCGGGUGUGACAGGUCUCGCCCUGUUCGCGACGACCGCACUGGCGGCGACUUGGGUCGACAAGAUUGGGAGGAGGACAUUGUUCAUUGUGAGUCCGGAUUCGAGAACACAAAUCCUAUUCUAACAUCCGUACUUCAUGACACUGACUAUACGUUCAUUAAUUCAUAGUGGGGUGGAUUUGCGAUCGCCAUCUGUCAUGCAUGUAUUGGAUCACUCUGUAAGCGCACGUGAAGCGAUGGAUCUAGUGAAUUGAUCUGACCCCUAGCUUUGCAUCGAACUUUCAGAUGCAUCUGGUGCCGCCUACACCGAAGGUGGCAAGUGGGCGAUCGUCACCCUGAUUGAAUUGUAUACCAUCAUCUUCGCCGGAACGUGGUCGCUCGUCACUCGCCUGUACAGCACGGAGAUACAACCGAGUCGUACAAGAUCACCGGCUUCUUCAUUCUGCAUCGGUGUGAAUCAGCUGGUCAACACGCUCGUGGCGUUGACAAGUCCGGCUUUCCUCGCCAAGAUUCCAUUUGGUGAACUCUCUCGACCUGACCAGUGAGACUGCUGAUGGUGGAGUGGUCCGUAGGCUGACCGCCGAGUCAAUGUUCACAGGUCCUUACUUCUUGUACGGUGGUUUAUCGGCUUUUGCCACCGCUGUAGCUUAUAUCUACAUGUGGGUUGGCAGCCAGUUGUCCAGCGCAAUGGGAUGUGCUCGUUGACUCACGGACGUGACCUACUUCCGCAGGCAAGAGACGAUCGGCAAAUCCCUCGAGACGUGGGUCGUUCCAAGCCAUCCUUGAUGAUGGCUGCCUGCCUGACGACCAUCUCCUUCUGUUCGCUCCUAUAACAGCAUCGACUCCUCCUUCCACGAGUCCCCCACCGCAGUCACGUGGCCCCCAUCGCUCCUACGCACCGGCUCUCGUCGCACCCAAGCCGGCGCUCGUCGAUCCUCGCGACGAAGAAGCUCGGCCGCCCAUGCUGACGAGAAUGGCAAGUCGACGUUCCCCGGUCAUUAUGCCAUGGAAAGGUUGGGGAGCAGUACUGGAUCGGCAGGGUUGCAGGGAAGCGCAAUUGAGGACUAG